UAAAAGGCUCCAGACCAGGUGAGCUUUGAAGACGUUUGUUAUUUUGUCUUUCCGGAUGAAUGCAAACAUCUCCUUUCUGUCUCUUUCUCUGUAUAAAGUGUAGUGUUUGGAGGGCCAACAGCCCCUUGCUGAGUUGGUGGCAAUCAUUGUUUCUCUGCAGCAUUAACCACAUUCCACAAGGGCGCAGCGCAUCCCGUCUCCAUCCCCCGCAUUCCUUUAUCGCGAACGAGUCCCCCCCACCACCACUGCCACUGGAAAAAAAACACUUUUUUAACCCUCCAUUUCCUCCUCUCUCAAACACGCGUCCGUGGUUUGUGUCUUUUUUUUUUUAAUUCUCUUUGGGUCCACUUUGUUCUCCACAUGAGUGCGCGUAGGCAGAAAUGUAGAACUCCAAAGUGAGGUGAAAUUCCUCCGCGCAGCGCGCCAUUGACUGUAAGGACCUUUCAACUUAACAAGAAAAAAAAAAACUCAAGUUGACAAACCGUCGCGCUUGAGAGAGUUUUUUUAAGCGGCCACGGCGGAAGUCUUGCGGACGGCAAUGCCGACAUUAGCACCGCCACAUUUUCCUUUUUGUCUGUGUUUUGCUUCCCAAAUGGAGCUCAGCUAGAGGUCCGCUUUGCUAGCUCGCAACUUGUUUCCGGACUACAAAAAAAACAUGGACGACUACCAGCAAGAUAUGGCUCUCCGGGCCAGCCAAAUGAUGGACGAGCUCUCCCUGUACGACGGAAUGUACGCCGCCGGUAGGGACCUGGUGAUCGGCCACGAUUUGGACUUCUCGCCGCCACCGGGCGAGUGCGGCAGGAGCGCGAUGAAUGGCACCGCUGUGCUCCAGCAGCAGCAUCACACCGUGGAGAACUUCACCACCGGGAAUAAAGUCUACACCGCGGCUCCGGUGAGGCCGGUCAAGUGCAGUAGGACCGUGCCUGUGGAUUUCUGCGCCCCGCAAAGAGAGGUGGACUACGGCGAGGAGGGCUGCUGCAAGUCCGAGGUGGCUCUGCCGUGCUACACCGGCGUCUCCGAGAGGCAGCGGAGAUACUCACUGGAGGUGCACAGGUACAGCACCGGCUCCGCCUUUGACGCCCUCCACAAGCCGUUGCCUCUGCCCGGCAACAGGUGCAACAGCAUGUGCAUCGACGGGAGGCACGGCGCCGCCAGCCCCCGCUCCAGCCUGGCGUCCUCCGUCUCCUCCCAGGACCAGAGCAAGCACGCCAGCCCCAGGUCGAGCAUCAGCAGCCCGCGGGCGAGCCUGGUGGUGCCCGCCCAAGAUCGCUACACUAACAGUCCCAGGUCCAGCUUGGUGCACUGCGAGGGUUCCAGCGUGAUGAGUCCCAGGUCCAGCUAUGCAAGCACGGCCAGCGACACCAGCAAGCACUCCAGCCCCAGGACAAGCCUCAACAGCUGCGACUGCUGCAGCAAGCCCAGCAGCAACCGGACCAGCGGCAUCAGCAUGGGCUACGACCAGAGACACACCAGCCCUAGGUCCAGCACAGCCAGCCAGUACUCCUUCACCACCAGCCCCAGAUCCAGCUACUCGGACUCACGGUACGGGCCAGCGGCUAGGGAUGAUUUCGAAGGGGCCAUCCUGCAUGCGGCUCCACUCAUGGCCAGCCCGAGAUCCAGCUUCUGCAGCCAGGAAGGGAGCUCCAGACCUGGGGCGAGUGCCAACUGCGUGCUCAGCCCGCGCUCCAGCAUCUCCAGCCACAGCUCGAGAAGCUCCCGCAGCUCCAGGGGGUCUAUGAGCACCUACCCGGACCUUCAGCUGCCCUCCCCCAGGGCAUCCAUACUGGCGGGACAUGAUGACUCUCUGAUGCAGGAGAUCGGGGACUCAAACGGGAUACACAGUCGCCUCCAUCUCCAGGAGAACACCCUAGAAAUGACCUCUGGUUCAUCGUUGGGCAACAGCCUCACGGCCUCCAAAACGUCCUUGGCGGGGCAGAGGUUCAAGCUGCCCUAUCAGGUGACCCCGAGCCGGGAGAGUGGCCCGAGCCAGGCGGAGAGGCGGCUGGAGGCGCUCACCUUGGAGCUGGAAAAGGAGCUGGAGAUGCACAUGAAGAAGGAAUACUUCGGUAUCUGCGUCAAAUGCGGCAAAGGCGUGUACGGAGCGAGCCAAGCCUGCCAGGCCAUGGGGAACCUGUAUCACACCAACUGCUUCACCUGCUGCUCUUGUGGGAGACGACUGAGAGGGAAAGCCUUCUACAACGUCAACAGCAAAGUCUACUGCGAGGAGGACUUUCUGUACUCUGGGUUCCAGCAGACGGCUGAGAAGUGCUUCGUGUGCGGUCACCUCAUCAUGGAAAUGAUCCUUCAGGCGCUGGGCAAGUCCUACCAUCCAGGCUGUUUCCGCUGCGUGGUGUGCAAGGAGGGUCUCGAUGGCGUGCCGUUCACCGUGGACGUGGAGAACAACAUCUACUGUGUCAAAGACUACCACACGGUUUUUGCUCCCAAGUGUUCCUCCUGCAACCAGCCUAUUCUUCCAGCUCAGGGCUCUGAGGAGACCAUUCGAGUGGUCUCAAUGGACAAGGACUACCACGUGGAGUGUUACCACUGUGAGGACUGCGGCCUCCAGCUAAACGACGAGGAGGGCCACCGCUGUUACCCGCUGGACGCCCACCUGCUCUGCCACGGCUGCCACAUCCACCGGCUGCAGUCCCAGGUUCCCUCGCAGCCGCCCCCCAGCUACCCCCUCCACGUCACUGAGCUGUGAGGGAAAAGGGGCAAAACGACGUGGAUCGGAAACCCCCCUAGGUGCCCCUUGACGCCAACCUGCGCAGCGGUGCCUGGGCGUUGGACUCACGCCCGCUGCUCCCAACUCACAUGCCAGGGCUUGAAGGCUGCUCCCCCUCCAACUGUGCCCCCGUGUUAACCCCGAGGGCCCCCUUCGCAGUUGACGUCAUGCCUCCUGAACCUCGCAUGGGGCCACUGGCUCUGCGCUCUUCAUUUCGCCACAUUUCAAAGGCCGCCCACCCCCGGGGGGCCGCUGGCUGUAGUCGCUGGCUGGACCGGACAGGCCCGGUGCGGCCAUGCUGUGCCUUCAGAGCGGGCUCUUCGUGCUGCCGCUAACACUGACAUGAGCUAACGGCUGUGUUGGUGUCCCCGCCGCCCCCUGAACAGAGCCCCUGCCCCCAACGUUCCACGUAGAAGACGUGCAGAGAUUCACAAGGCGUGUCUUAAUGAAUACUAUCUACAUACUGUAUACGGUGUAUGAAUAUAAAUCUAUAUGUUGCACAUGUUUUCCACGUAGAUGCUUCACCACCAUUCUGCUCACGUGACAUUCCUUGGUUGGAGCAAAACCUUCCAAAUGUUCUUUUAUUACCAGACGUUCAAUCACGGCGGGGCCGUUUUUUUAAUUUUUGGAGGCUUAAAACAUAAAAAAAACAUUUCAUGAUAACUCUUAAGUAACUCCAACGGUACAACUUUUAGAGGCUUUUUGGCCAUUUAUUUAAAAUACAACAUUUUGGUAGUUGCCUGGAAAAAGCAACAUAGAAAUUAGAAAAAGCACUCGGAGUGCGCAGACCUCCGCCAUAGCGCCAUAGCCCCCCCCCACCCCCAUAUUGUGAUUCCCACCAUAAAUAUUAGUCCUACAUUGAUUUUAUCUACAUAUUUAGAUUCCUUGACCAUGAAAACAAGGGUUUGAAUGACUUAAAGAAUGCUAACAUGCUAACGUUAGCAUGCUUACACCUAGCUUUUAUAAGUGCCUACCUCUGAAAAUGCUAAAAAUGUUAGUAUAAUUAUGUUACCAUUCUAACAUUAGCAUGAUAGCACCUAGCAUGAUAGCGCUACAUGUCUGCUUGAGUUCACAUUCAUGAAAAUCGCAAAAAAUGCUAGUAUGCUCACGUUAGCAUGUUAAGCAUCAUGGUGUCUACCUAUGAAAAUAGCUAAAAGUGAUAUUAAUAUGCUAAUAUUAGCAUACUAGCAAUGCUAACAUAAUUUUAGCAUGAUAACACUUAGCAUAAUAGCGCUAAUUGGUUCUAUAAGUACCUACCUCUGAAAAUGCUAAAAAUGUUAGUAUAAUUAUGUUAGCAUGCUAACACCUAGCAUAAUAGCACUAAGUGUCUGCUUAAGUUUAGAAUCACAAAACAGUAAUGCUAACAUGCUAACAUUAACAUGCUAACACUGAACAUAAUAGCGUCUACUGAAAAUGGCUAUAAAUGCUACUAAUGUUAGCAUGCUAGCAAUAGUGCUAAGUGAUCAUUGCAGUGGCUACCCAUGAAAAUGGCUAAAAAUGCUACUAUGCUAUUAGCUUGCUAGCAAUGCUAACAUUAGCAUGCUAACAUCUAAUAUGGUAGUGGUGUUUAUAUAUGUGUCUACCCAUGAAAAUAUAUAUUUUUUAAAUGUUAAUAUGCUGACACCUAGCAUGAUAGCACAAUUAACCGGGACGGCUAAAUGUCCCAAAGUGCUCUGACCAUUUUUUAUAUGCACAAAUGCCGAAAAUGGUCCUAUCUCACAUUGUUAAAUAAUCCUUUAAGAAAAUUCCUGGAUCCAGACGGUGAUCCAUAUCACCCCCAAAAUGUAAUCAGUUCUUCCAUAUCCCAUUUCCGAAAAUUCCUGAAACGUUUUAUCAGAUUCAUUCACAGCUUUUCAAGAUAUUUUGAACGCAGACAGACAACCAAGCAGCACAUCGUGCGUUUUGCGAGGCCAAAAUGCGCGCAUGACGUUGCCAACUAGUGGCCUGGCAUGCAUAUCGCAGCACUUUUUUAGUGGCUUUCCAAGACAAAACAGUCAAUUUAGCUUUUCAGUGUGAAGAUUUUUGCCUUUUGCUGCUAAAUGAAGAGCGACUUGAGCUCCUGCGACUGGUUCGCUUGGUAGUAUCAAUUCUCCGUGACGAGAUUAUUUACAAAAAUGUUGACUUUGUCUCCGCAGCAAAUUCCAUGCAAAGCAAAGCACACUUGUUUGACCCAAAACAGUUAAAAGGUUGCCAUAGGCGCCUCCUGUGCCAUCCGUCUGGUACUAAAAGAGCAAGAAGCUGUUUGUCAAACCUUAAUCUGGACGUUUAGUCACCUAAUGAUUCAACUUUGUGGCUCUCUCGAUUUCUUUUUUACAUUUAAAAACAGAAAGACCUCGGAGCUGCUGGUCCCGCCCGAGGAUUUUUUAAAAAAUGCGUCGUUGCCACUGCUGGUGGGAACAUGAGACAUUAGAAUGUCAACCUUUGCUUUUUUGUCCUUUUAAUUGGCACUUUUUCCAAUCGCCAGUUUACGUGCUGCACCGCCAUGCCCACAUGAACGAGCACUAGCGGCUGGACCGCGACCCGCACCUCGUGGAACCCUAAAAUGGACCAACAUCACACAGCACACACGUCACAAACCUCCGCCAAGGCUUCCAUAUGACUUCACACCUGGCGCACACGCCGAACAUUUCCUUUCAAGGAAUGACACGUCAUCGUUGCUACAUGAUGUGGUAUGCUUUGGAUCUUGGCCAAGGAGAUUCUGCUUCUUCUUUUUUUCGUUUUGUUACACCACAACACAUUUUUAAUCAUUUUAGUACCGUAAAUAAAGUGAAGCCCAAAAUAAUUAUUCACACCAUGGUCGAAUUUUUAAGUGAUUUGUCACCCAGAGCUGAAAAAACACCAGAAAUAAAAAUAGAAAAUUUAAUUGCAAUUUUUAUAGUUUAAAAAAAAAAAAUUGAAAAGCUCCAGAACACUUUUAAAGGGAGAUAUUUAAAAUUUUUAAGAGAAAUAUUGAAUGUAUGAAUCAUUUUAGGGCAUGAAAUGUUUUGUCAAAAUUCAGAUAAUUUUUUUUUGCGCCAUUUCUAAUACAUAUACAGGAUUCUUCAUUUUUUAAAUAAAAAUGAAUGAAUUAAUCAAAAUAUCCUUAAAUCAAUUCUUAACCCUUAAAUGUAUGAAUAAUAUUAGUAUAGAAGUGUGUUUGUUUGGUCAUUUUUAUCAUGUAUAAUAUGGAAAUGUUUAAAUAUUUACUAAAAUAUUUCACAAAAAAUAUAUAAAUGGCAGCUACCUUUUUGGCCAAUUAUAAAAUAUGUGUAUUUUUGACAUCAAAAUAGUGGAAAUAUGCUUACAGUAGAUGCUUACAAACUGCUAUGUGACGUUAGUCCCUGAAAACUGUGAGGGCAUAUUUAGAGGGUAUUCAUCAUUUCAGAGCAUGGAUAUUUUUGUCAAAAUGAAAAAAAAAUUACAUUUAAAUAUGAUUUUUUUCACCAUUUUAGAAAUAUAUACUAAAAAAACAAAAAAAAAUCAAAAUUAAUUUAAAAAUUCUUCAUUUCUGACGCCCAAACACAUGAAUAAUAUAAUAAAACUUAGACUUAGACAGACUUUAGUGAUCCAUGAGGGAAAUUGCUUGGUCACAGUAGCUCAAUCGCAGAAGAAAAACACAAACACUCUUCAAUAAAAUGCAAUGCAAUAUGAAUAAAAUAUCAUGAAAUAAAAAGAAUGUAAGCUAAAUACAAAUAAUAUGAAUAUAUAAGUAAUAGUGUGUAGAAAUGUGGUAAAUGCAAGUAAAUGUGCACAAGAGGGCAGACAGUACAGCGCAAUAAUGAUGUGAAUCAUCUUUUGCAGACAGGUGAGGUAUUGUAGCGCCGCAUGGCGCGUGGAAUAAAUGGUCCUGUAGCGUUUACUGUGGGAACGGAACUGGACGAGUCUGUUGGAGAAGGAGCUCGGUUGUCCAUGAUGAAGAGCACUUUGUCCCGUGUAUUUUUGUCAAAAUGCCCCCAAAAAUUUAAAUUGAAAUAUAUAUGUAUAUAUAUUUUUACCAUUUAUGAAAUACAUAAUUUUUUAAAAUCAAUAUUAAUUAAAAAACUCUUCAUUUCUAACCCCCAAAUUUAUGAAUAAUAUAAUAGAAAUAUUUAAUUGAAAAUCGAUAUAAAUAACAGCUAAUGUUUCAAUUAUUUGUUUGGCCAGUUUGACAGUAUUCUGUUUUUUUUUUCAUCAAAAUUGUGGAAAUAUGCUUCAAUGGUUUCCUAUAUGACAUUAGUCCCUAAAAACUAUUUUUACAUGAUAUUAUUUAGAGAGUAUUAAUCAUUUUAGGGCAUGAAUAUCAAAAUCAAAACAUUUAAAUAGGAAUAUAUUUUUUUUUUACCGUUUAGGAAAUAUUUUUUUUAAAUAAAAAAUAAUAUAAAAUAAUCAAAAUAUCCUUAAAUUAAUUAAAUAUAAAUAUAAAUGUAUUUGAUCAUUUUCCUAAAAUAUUAUUGAAUAUAAAAAUGUGAAAAUAUUUUAUAUAAAUAUUUAAUUAAAAAUAAAUAUCGCAUCUAUUGUUCGCAGUACUUUUUUUUUUCCAGCCGAUAUAUUUUUUUACCCAUCAAAAUGGUGCAAAUAUGCUCUGAUGACAUCCGAACCGCUAUGAAAGGAACAAAAAGCCAAACUGUAGCAAACACAUUUCCUUGGCGGAGGUAAGACAAGCACACACGGCAGCCCACUCGCAUCCAUCGUGCUUGUGUCGCGUUCAAACAGCUCAUUCUCUGAUUGGCUAAAAUAAACACUGGCGCUGCCUCUCACAUGAUGAUGAUGCUGGGGACCCCCCCACCCCCCCAUGAGUACUACUGAACGUGUCCACACAGCAACUAGAGUACGUGACAGGAUGUGAUGGAAUGUAACACAGAUGAUCAUUGAUAUCGGACGUGCGUCGCUCGCUCACUCGUGCUUUACUUGAACAGCCAAGCAGACGCUCACCUCUGACCCCCGCCCCCAUUGAAAGAGACCCCGCCUUCCCUUAAUCCUUAAACACUAGCACACUCCUAGCUUCCGUGUACAUAAAGAGUCUAGUUUUGUAUUUUUUCAUGGCCAAAAGAAAGCGAAAGAGGAAGCACACGUCGCAUGACGCCUGUUGUCACAUAUCGUUUUUAUGUUUGGUUUUGUAUCUUGACUAUUAUUACCUAGAGGGAACAAAAACAACUAGAUCUAUUUAUCUAAACGUGAAAAAAGUCUAAAGUUAUUUAAUGUAUUAAAACAAAAUCAAGAUGAUGUAUCAUUUAACUGUAGAGGACGUAAUCUGAUAUUCAAUAAAGUGCUUUUCUAGCUAACUGCAAGAGGUCGCUGUGUGUGUGUGUGUGUGUGUGUGUGUGUGUGUGUGUGUGUGUGUGUGUGUGUGUGUGUGUGUGUGUGUGUGUGUGUGUUGUUGUCUUCUAUGCAAUGUAACAGAGCUCACCUCACUCUCUCUCUCUCUCACGCACAUUGAGUCACAGGGUGGGACGCUGGCUCACAUAAAGGCUGCUUUGUGCCCCAAACGUCCACGCUGUCAACCAACACCGCAGAGUUCCUGCAAUCA